AUGACCAUUUCUCUGGAUGAGGUUCAAUUCCUAUACCAAAUGUUUGGAACUAUUAAGGAUGAUUCAACACUUACUCCAUGGAAACGUCCUUUAUAUGCCAUUGGAAAUUAUAUGGUGAACAUUGAUAUUGUCAAUUUAAAUUUAAGUAGAGUUUGUUUGAUUCCAAUUCUAUCAGGUCUUAAACACAUCUCUGAUAUACGAUUUAAUGAAACAGAAUUUGGAAAUCAAGAAUUAACAUUACCACCUCUUUGCACAUCACAAUUGGGUACAAUUUUAAAGGAAUAUUUAAGUAAUAGUUAUUUUAAAUGUUCAACUACAAUGAUUAAUAUGAUGAGCAUUACCAACAAUGUAACUAUACGAAGAAUGGGAGUUUUGCUAUUUGAGGCCUUAAUAAUACCUGAAGUGUUGAACCUUACUUUGAGAGGAAUUGCGUCCUUUUUAACAAAGGUGACAUUUCAAGAAUGGAAAAAUCAGUCUGAUGUUCUAUUUCCAGAAUUGAAAAAGAAUAUCGAUAAAGUAAUUAAAGGGUAUCUUGUUAAGCAAGAAUCAUUCAACGACCCAUCAGUUCAAUCCGAAUUAUUACCACGUUUAUUGUGUGGAUUGAAUGUUUCACUGACAAGAGAAGAAAAGGAUCUCUUCUUGAAAGGAUUGAUUUAUAAAACUCCAACAGGUCGCCUGUAUAUAGCACCACGAUACUUUAGACAACUAGUCAAGAAAGAUCCUUACAUUUCAAGUAAGAUACUAAAAGAACAAGAAAUUCAUCCCAGAGAUUUUGAGAGAAUUGAUUUGAAAUGUAUUUGUUAUAGGAUUGGAAUUCUUAGACAACUCACAAAACCUCUUAUCACUAUUAAGGAAUUGUUUCCAUCCUGUAAGACUGGUGAUGAUUCUAACAAGUUAUUUGAAUUGGAUGAAAAUGAGUACAAGAUUGUAUCUCAUGUCACGUUCAUUUCUAAAGACAAAGAGAAUAAUAUUGUUAAAAUUGACAGCUCCAAAUGUAUGAACAAUCCCUCAAGAAAUUUAUUCAUACACUUCUGA